AUGGCCACCGUCGCCCUCCUCGGCACCUGCGACACCAAGCUCCACGAGCUGCUCUUCCUCCGCUCCGCCAUCCUCUCCUCCUACCCAUCCCUCUCCGUCAUCCUCAUCGACGUCGGCCGCCACCCCGCGUCGCACCCGGACAUAUCCGUCUCACAGGCGGACCUCCUGGCACAGCCCUCAACCACCACCGCCGCCGAUGAUGGGAAUGAUGACAUUUCCACUCUCUCGCGCGGGCAGUUCAUCGUCCACAUUGCCCGUCGCGCCGCCUCCCUCCUUGAGCGCCUGCAUACAGCGGGGCGUAUCCAUGGUGCCGUGUCCGCGGGCGGCUCAGGCGGCACCUCGCUCGCCGCGUCCGCCAUGCGCGACGCCCUGCCCAUAGGCUUCCCGAAGCUCAUCGUCUCGACCAUGGCCAGCGGUGACGUUCGCCCCAUUGUGGGCGAAACAGACAUCGCUCUCAUGUACUCGGUCGUCGACGUCGCGGGACUCAACGACGUGCUGCGCGACGUCCUCUCCAACGCAGGCGCCGCCAUCGCCGGAGCGGCCCUCUCAUACGCAGCCCGCCACAAGCCGGGCGCCGACGGAGACGAGCAAGGCGAUCAGACGAAGAAGGACAGAAAGCACCGCGUCGGCAUCUCCAUGUUUGGCGUCACCACUCCCGCCGUCGACGCCAUCCGCGCACACCUCGAGGCCACGUACCCCAUCCAGACGUACGUCUUCCACGCCACCGGCACGGGCGGCCUCUCGCUCGAGCGCCUCGUCCGCACCCACGCCCUCGACGCGGUGCUCGACCUCACCACCACCGAGGUCGCCGACCACGUCGCCGGCGGGAUCCUCUCCGCGGGGGAAGACCGCCUCGCCGCGGCGCCCGCCUGCGGCAUCCCCUACGUCGUGUCGCUGGGCGCGCUCGACAUGGUCAACUUUGGCCCGCGGAGCAGCGUGCCGGAGCGGUACGCGGAUAGGAAGCUGUACGAGCAUAACCCCAUUGUCACGCUGAUGCGCACGUCGCCGGAUGAGUGCCGCCAGGUGGGUGAGUUUAUAUGCGCGAAGCUCAGGGGCGCGACGAGGCCCGAGAUGGUGCAGGUUUGGAUUCCGAAGGGGGGUGUAAGCGCUAUAGCAGUCAAGGAUGGACCAUUUGCGGAUUGUGAUGCGGAUGCGGUGCUGUUUGAGACGGUGAGGAAGGGGCUGGAGGGGAGUGGCAUAGAGGUGGUGGAGGAUGAGCGGGCCAUCAACGAUGAGGGCUUCGCAAGGGACAUUGCGGAGGCACUGGUCAAGAAGAUGGGCUUGUCGAGUCAGGGGCGCGCUGAAUAG